AUGAAUUCCUAUCUUCUUAACAGAGCCCUCGGGACUGUCUCUCCAAAUGCCUUCCAUGUCGCGCAAACCACACGGCUAGUGCACAACCUCGAGCCUGCGCCGGGGAUUCGGUUCUCCAGCCGCAGAGCCGCACCCACAGAGCAAAAUCAAGUCGACGCGACACAGUUAGAUCAAGAUGAUCCUACGAUAGCGGAGAAUGUGGCUGCUCAUAAAUCUGGCGUGAAUUGCCUGGCAAUCGAUCAAUUUGACGGCCGGUACAUGAUAUCCGGAGGCGCAGAUCCAUCUAUUCACCUCUGGGACCUUGAAAGUCGAGGCUCAGAUCUCAAUCAUAUCCACAGCGCUUGCGCGACAGUUAGAAAAUCUUCACAUAAACAUGCACAUACACACGCCAUAACCUCUCUCUCUAUCUACCCAUUCGAUCCAGUCCCGUCCACCAUCUUCUCCACGUCCCAUGAUGGCACAUUGAAGCUUUCUGCGCUGCAGUCGCCCGAAAUCACACCGGUCCACACGUUCAAUCUCGAUUGUACACCAUACGCACACUCUUUCUCCUCCCAGCCGGGGUCUACCCUGCUGGUUGCGGUCGCUACAUCGGAACAAUCAGUACGACUAGUGGAUCUGCGAUCUGGAUUAGCUACACAAGGCUUACCAGGCCAUAAUGGUGCAGUCUUGUCAGUGGCAUGGGCUCCUCAUCGGCCGCACUUGCUUGCAUCAGGCUCUGUCGACAACCGAGUCAUCAUCUUCGAUGUCCGGCGUGGCGGCCACAACUCCGCAAUUGCAACCUUGGACAUGGAUGAUCCGGUAGGCCUGGUAGCUCCAGGGUCUGGGUCUGCGCCGGCAUCUUUUGAGAGCCGGCCUGCAUUUUCCCGACACGCACGCGCUCAUAACGGCCCUGUUACUGGCGUGCGUUGGACCUCGAAUGGUAGCCAUAUAGUCACGACGGGGCAAGACUCGCGUAUCCGGGUGUGGGAUGCAGCGACUGGCGCAAAUACCCUGGUACAUUUCGGCCCUCGAGUUCGCAAUAGCUCGACGUCUCACUUGGCAGAGCGGGCGCCGCUUUUGAUACCCAAGGGUAUUAUGGGCCCUGGGCAGGAGACACUUCUAUGGGCUAACUUUAACGAGCAAGAUGACCGGGGCGAAAUCUUCAUGUUUGAGCUUCGUGAGGGGACGUUUAUCAAGCGUCUUCGGGUUCCAGGGUUAAUAGGUGGAUCACAGAUGGCUCGCGGCCGGGCAAGUGCCCUCAGUGCUGCGCGUAUCAACGAUCUAGUCUGGCGUGGGAAUGGUGCAUCCGGGGAAGGUCUUGAACUAUUCUCUGCCCACGGCGAUGGGACUAUUCGCACCUGGGUUUCUCGGGACCCCGAUGGCGGACCUGACGAGGAAGAGGAGGCAGAACUAGCCGACCGCAAGAGAAAGCGAGAGGUACUAGACGAUCUCUACAAGGGCUUUGUUGGACCCGAUGCUGGACUCCAUACUUGA